AUGCGCGGAGGUGGGAAGACCUCCUCCAUCCGAAGUAGGUGCCUCAAGUUCCAUAAUUUCGUGCCAUCCGAUGCCGCGAGCGAGAGCACUAGGCUUCAAGAGCAGCAUGGCACCAAAAAAAUCACCGUCACCUCGACGCCGUGGCUCUCCACGCACAAUCCGGCGCAUGACUCUCCAGUCCCUGUCGGCAGCAUAGUGCCGUCGCAGAGUCCGUUGCCUCAUCAUCUACAAGCGCUCCUUCGGCCGCCGCCCCCCGUCACCCAUCUGACACCUGAGGUCACGAUAACACCGAUACCGGCAACGUCGAGUCCGAUCCAACAUUCCAUGUCGAGAAAACGCAAAUCAGAUGACGUCCGUCGAUUACUAAAUAUAAAGAUUUCGUUGAAAGAGCAGCGGAAGGGGGACGAGCAACCGCUCGACCUGUCCUUGAGACGUGAUGAAGAAGCUUCGGAGGAACAAUUGAGGAUAUCGUGUCUGGAGUCUAGCUUCGCGUCAUCAUUGGCCAGACCGGUCCCGAUGUAUCCAUUGCUCAUACCGUCCUCGGAAUCGAAUAUGGCUCCGGUCCUCUAUCAUCCCUCGAACAUCUUGGAUAAGCCCAGUAUACCGGCGGUGACCGCACGAUUCAAUCAGUACUCGGAGUUUUCAAAUCAAUCAGCGACAAGCGGGAUUCUCGUCAAGACGAAGCAGGUGUCCGAGGGUGGUGCGACUUUUUGCAAGUUCCGGCAGGUCAGGCCUCCAGCACGGCAAUCGGGUCGGCAGAAAAAACUGAAUUUCAUGCCGUCGAAGUGGCCACAAUAA